UGCAAAUGGAUGAGACAGACAAUUCUGAUUUUCAGCCAAAACUUGGACAUUUUUCUUUGUUUUUUUUGUUAAUUGGUCUUCAUGGCUUAUUCAUUAGAAAAAUAUAAAUCUAAUCAUAAUCAUGACACUCAGGGAGUGAGUGUGGUCAGGUAUUCUGUACAGAAAGGAACAAAACAUAACUGCAGUCCCAAAAAGCCAAAGCAUGACAAAUGCGUAUUUAUUGAGGAGCCAAUACCACUAAACUCGUUCUAGGAGGUCUAGUGUGAUUUCCAUUAACUGAAAUGGUAGGCAGAGGCAGGAUGAAGACCUGCCUUUAAAACACAAGGCAUACACAUAUGCGCACAAGCACACGCAAACGCACUGACUGAGAAAGAGAGAGAUAGAAAAAAAACUAGCGAGAGAAAGACAGAAAACUGAGUUGAGAGGCCAGGAGGACUAGAGGACCAUGACAUUGGCAUCUUUUUAAAAUGUGAAUGGUGUCUGAAGCUGAAAGUAUAUGGAAGCGAAGUUGAAAGAGGAAGGGGGAGAAGAGGAACCUAAUGAUGUUUGAUUGUAUUUUUAGGGUGAUUUAAGUUGAAUUAGAUACAGGGCAAAAAAGGUGCCCUGUAUCUUCCUUUCAGUGUUGUGAUGCAGAAAAGUGUCCUAAAAGGUGGAGAUGUUUGGAGUCCAUCUGUCCAGCUUAAUUUUUUCCAGGGUCCAGGAGGUGAGUCAAGGAGGGCAGGAGGGGGAGCCGAGAAUAACACAGCUAAGGACAGGCACAGGCUGCAAUGUAGAGAAAACCAGCAUUGAGAAACAAGGGCGUGUCCCAUGCUUGGAGUGCACUGUCAUACAUUAAGUAUCCCACAUUCAUUAGUGACUCACAGGUACUGCAGUUGUAUUUUUACUUUUGUGCAUGAAGGCUACUGUGCAGUACUGAACUAAAGGUAACUUGUAGUGCAAAGGCACAGUGCGUCAUGGAAACCAUUGAAAGCAUCGCGGCAAAUACCGCUCUUGUUAAAGCCAGAGAAGGUGGGGGAAGCAAGGGAAGGAGCUGGAAAUGGAAAGAAAUGCUUCGCUUUCCCCACAUUACCCAGUGCAAAGACCUGGCCAUGAACAUAGAACGAGACUACUAUAGUCUAUGUGUGAAGCAGCCUAUUGGCAAGAAAUUGUUUCAGCUCUUCUGUCGGAGUCGGCCUGAUCUGCAGAACUACAUUUCCCUUCAGGAUGAUUUGGACAAGUUUGACACUAAAUCAGAUGAUGAAAGGAAAGCGUUUGGGAACAGCAUCAUCCAGAGAUUCCUCAUGAAACAGUCCAGUGAGUGUGUGUCCAUCCUACUGAGGCAUGAAAGAAGCUGCAAACAGAGUCUGGAGCUCAAUCCCUGUGGUGAUGUCUUUCAUGGCUGCAGGGAAGACCUACAUAAAUACCUCAGCAAAGAGCCCUUCGCCCAGUACCAGGACAGCAUGUUCUUUGACCGCUUUCUACAGUGGAAACAAUUGGAGAGGCAGCCUAUCACGAAGCAAACAUUUCGACAGUACAGACUGCUGGGGAAAGGAGGGUUUGGAGAGGUGUGGGCCUGUCAGGUGCGAGCCACAGGAAAGAUGUAUGCCUGCAAAAAGCUGGAAAAAACCCAUGUGAAGAAGAGGAAAGGAGAGGAUAUGGCUCUCAAUGAGAAACGGAUACUAGAGGAACUGGAUAGUCGCUUUGUGGUGAAUCUGGCAUAUGCUUAUGAGACCAAGCACAAUCUCUGUAUGGUUUUGACCAUGAUGAGUGGCGGUGACCUAGGGUAUCACAUACAUCGCAUGGGGUCACCUGGUCUGUCCAAAGACAGGGUACAUUUCUACGCCGCAGAAGUCUGCUGUGGUUUAAUUCACCUCCACCAGAAGUCAAUAUUAUACAGAGAUUUGAAGCCAGAGAACAUUCUCUUGGAUGACCAUGGACACAUCCGCAUCUCUGACCUGGGUUUGGCUGUGAAACUGUCUGAGGGAGGGGCACGAGGCAGGGUGGGCACACUGGGCUAUAUGGCUCCUGAGGUGAUUGGCUAUAAGCAUUAUGGAAUGAGUGUGGACUGGUGGGGCCUCGGGUGUCUUAUUUAUGAAAUGACUGCAGGUCGGCCCCCUUUCAGGGCCAAAGAAGAACAUCCUAAAGCCUCAGAAAUGGAGAGAAGGAUUCAGAAUGAACAUGAAGAAUAUGGUAACCAGUUCAGCAAGGAGGCAAAAGACAUCUGCUCCUUACUGUUGACCAAGGACCCCACAAAGAGGCUGGGAUCCCAGGAGUCUGGGGGAAGAGAUGUAAAAUCUCAUCCUUUCUUCCAAGAGAUCAACUUCCGGAUGCUGGAGGCAGGACUUGUUAAUCCUCCAUUUAAACCUGAUCCCAACCUGGUGUACUGCACUGAUGUACAGGACAUAGAAGAAUUUUCUACAGUGAAAGGAGUCCAUCUUGACCAGACUGACAGCUUCUUCUACUCCGAGUUCAACACAGGAAGCAAUUCAAUAAUUUGGCAAAAUGAGCUAAUAGAAACGGAAUGUUUUAAAGAACUCAAUGUUUUUGGCCCUGAGGGAUCUCGUUCUCCAGAUCUCGACUGGUCCCGGGCCCCAGAGAGCCCCAAACGCAGCCUAUUGCGCCGAAUCUUUCGCAAACAUCAUCAUUCAGAUUCAGACGAAAGCAGAGAGAACCUGUUGUCCAGUGAGGGCUACAGCAAGUCAGGAAUACAUAACUCUGGCCUGAAUCCCAGUAGAGUCUACACAAAGGCACCAAAAAACAACAAGUCAUUGUAGCAGCAAAGGGCUCUUCCCUUUAAAUUGCAGAACAGCAGGCAUUUAUUUGUGUUUUCAUUGUCUUCCUUACACCUAAUCUAUAUUAGCAUUUUCUGCUUCUGUCAGGUAAAACAAAUGAAUACACCAUCCCAACUUUUUAAAAGUAGUUGAAUUUUUAAACAAAUGUUUUUUUUAACAAUUCCAAUAUAAUAAAUGUCAUCUGAAUAAUAAAUUAUGAUUAUUUGGA